AUCAAAUAUUGGGGUAGCUUUCCUUCGCCAACGUCACGGAUAAAAAUCCUCUGCAAUUGUGUUACCUGUUAUCGGAAUGCCUCUCUCCAUUUUCUCUUUCUAAAGCAUUCUCCGACUUCCUAAUACCAAUGCCACAGUUCACAGGGUUGCCGGCCGAAGAAACUGAUCUCAGAGAAAGAAAAAAAAAGUAUUGGGUUCUCUAAUUUUUGCAGGUUGAUCGACAAUGGCAGAGAAGGGAAGAGUGUGUGUUACAGGCGCAGGAGGGUAUGUGGCGUCGUGGCUUGUGAAGUUUCUCCUUUCUAAGGGCUACAGAGUCCAUGGUACCGUUAGAGAGCCAGGGGAUGCGAAGAAUGCUCAUUUGAAGAAACUAGACAAUGCCUUGGAAAACUUGCAGCUCUUCAAGGCAGAGUUGCUGGACUACAGCUCUCUCUGCACAGCCAUUGCAGGAUGCGAUGGAGUAUUUCAUGUUGCAAGCCCAGUCCCUCCAGGAACAGUUCUGAAUCCUGAGGCAGAACUUAUUGAACCUGCUGUUACUGGUACAGUAAAUGUACUCAAGGCAUGUUCUGAAGCAAAGGUGAAAAGAGUUGUGGUGGUGUCAUCUGUAGCUGCUGUUUCCCUGAAUCCAAACUGGCCAAAGAAUCAGGUUAUGGAUGAAACAUGCUGGUCUGACAAGGAAUACUGCAGGGAAACCAAGAAUUACUAUUGCCUUUCCAAAACUGUAGCGGAAAGUGAGGCUUGGGAAUAUGCAAAGCAAAGUGGGCUUGAUGUGGUUACCGUUUUGCCAACUAUGGUUUUUGGGCCAAUGCUGCAGUCUACACUAAAUUCUAGUAGUCAGGCUCUUGUCAGGCUUUUGAAAGAAGGAUCUGAGUCUGUGGAAAGCAGAGCCCGGAAUAUGGUAGAUGUCCGUGAUGUAGCUGAAGCACUGCUGCUGACAUACGAGAAGCUUGAAGCGGAAGGGAGAUACAUGUGUACAGCGCACUUGAUCAAAACAAAGGACUUGGUGGACAAGCUGAUGAGCUUAUAUCCUAACUACAGCUAUCCAAAGAAUUUUACUGAGGUAGAUGAAGGAGCUAAGCUGAGUUCGGAGAAAUUGCUGCGGUUGGGGUUGAAAUACAGGUCAUUAGAAGAGACUCUUGUUGAUUCCGUCAAAAGCUACCAGGAGUCUGGGCUCUUGGAUUAACCAGAUGACUUUUUUUUUUUUUUUCUCUGGAUAAGUAACUUCCUUUUUUUUUCAUUGACCGCUACCAAAUAAUAACUCAUUGGAAAUUGUACAGCUAUGCACUAAAUAUAAAUUUUCCCUUCUUUUAGUGAAGACUUCACAAGGGUGUUGAGGCCAUGGGUCAA